CCAGGCAAUAAAAUCAUGGUUUCUUCACGUGAUGCCGUGUGUUUGCUAUCGACUGAAAUUCGAACGGCCACCUACACGCCGUUAGCCUAUGAACGCAGUGCUUUGGUCCCAUGGCUAUUAAUCCCGGCGACUCUAGACUACCACGGUACCGCGAGGGAAAGGCAUUACCGGUUUUUCGCAAGCAGUCUACUUCUCAAGCAGUUAGUCUUUAUCUCACCAAUCGAGAUGUUUGGAGCAACUUAGCGGAAGUGCACGAACGAAAGCAGAUCACAGGAUCAGAGAUUGCUGAGUUGCCAGAGUGCGGUGCCCCUCCAUUACCAGACGUCGACGCAACCUAUGAACCAACGCAUCAUGGUAUCAUAGAAGGUGUGGUCCACCUUAAUCCUUGGCUAACUGAACUUAGUUCAUAUCUAUUUGUAGAAGUGUCUGCACGUUAUCGGUACGCUCGUUCUGAAUUAGAUCCUUUUGAUUGCGAAGUCAAUGAAGUAGUAUUCCAGAAGCGAACCCAAUUGAACCCACCAAAGAACUAUGAUCGGAUUGGGGCCUCUUUACUACGCAGCCCACCAAAGGAGCUAUCUUCCUAUUCUUGGCGAACGCGGCAACUAUAUAAUAAACUUGGGGGCCCCGUUGGAGGUCAAGCGGAGAUAGAUGAAAAUUUGACUGCAUCAGGUGUCUUGGUCGGCACGGCCGCACACACUAGAAAAAUGCGCACUUUCGUACCCCGAACAAUGGCCACCAAAACCUCGGGGAACCCGGACCACCCGCUGGUAACAUUUAAUUUUCCAUUCCGAUUCGACGUAAAUGGGACUCCAGAUUCUGUAUACAUGAAAAACACCCGCAAACCUGCCAGUGAUGGCACCUCCCCACCACCUAACAGAAUGCAAUUGUUUUACGGUGCUGUCUUCGGAUUCGCCCAUCACGAAUCUGAUACCGAUCCUGAUUCGCCUAGUGAGUCAGAGUGCUCUGAUGACGAAGGUAUGUUGGUCAUUCGACACCCUGGAGACCCCAUUGUAGACCGACGAAAACCACCAAGUAAAGAGAAGAAGAAACGUCAAUGGGAGAAAGACCUAUUCCAUCCAGAUUGUUAUCCAUGGCGUCCGCGACCGAAACAAGCGCCUCGAGAUGGUGUCUCCUGGACUAUUUCUGCCUACGUAGUGAGCAGUGGUUCCGGCAAACCCAAAAGUGAGCACGUUGCUUGCAUGCGAAUUCGGAAACUUUCCUAUGUGCCCCGUAUGAUUGCUCUCGAACGAACGACACCACCGAAAGCUCAUACAGAUUAUUGUCUUGCGGUGGGCCCGCUUUCUGGAUUCGAUUCCGGUGCAAUCACAUUAGUAGCUAGAUUGGAUAAGUCCGUGUACGCUCCAGGUGAGCCAGUUCAAUGUGAUAUAAAACUUCACAACUCAUCGGUUCGUCUCAUUCAUCGGUUGCUAGUCGAAGUACACCAAUGUCUUCGAGUUAAGGCGUGUGCUAAUCGGGUUUGGAGAUCGUUCAUUUGUCGUCGUUCCCUGACGGAUACCAGCCUACAGACUGGAAUGCCAGUUUUACCAGGUACGGAAAAUGAGUGUGUUCGAGUGACAUUAAAUCCAUGGCCAACGGUGGAAUCCAUUCGUAAACAUUUCAAUUAUCCAAGCGGCCCACUUCGCCCUAGUGGAGUCGAGAAAAUGGAGGAAGCAUGGGCGAUUCACCUCCCACAAAUCCCUGGCCAAGAGUUUGCAUUGCAAGCACCAGGCCGUCAUGAAUCAGUUCCGCCACAACACAUUCAGCGGAGGUCACUGGCCACUUCUUCAUUUAGCGGAGUGAUAGAGCACCUCAUGCUUGUAGGUGAGUUGCCAUCUAUCAUGAAGGCCUUGAAUGAAAAUGAAUCACGAAAGAAUAUAUGGCAAGGAAAUCCACACGCUGUUUGUCGUUGUGUACAUCAUCCACGAGAUCCCGAUGCUGUAGAUCGUUGCGAUCACCUACCCCCGAAAGAACCUUAUCAGAUUCCGAUAAACUGCCUCGAUGUGUAUCCCGAAGAUAAUGAGGUGAGUGAAGCCCGCGCCAAGCGGAACGCUUUGCAGCCUUACUGCAACAAAUGCGUCGGGACCUUGUCGUUGGCCCAAUAUCCUGUUCAUGUUUCUUACGAAGUUGUUGUUGCAGCGGAAUUGCUGCCACAGCAUCAAAAGAACCCGCUGAAUUCCGAAUCUAAAAUGCAGCAAAGCGGAUUGGGUUCUGGGUUAUUAAUUGACCCAUAUGGUGACAUCAUUGGUCCAGAUGGGCCCCGAGUUACCUUACCAUGUUUCCUAGCUCACAGGAAACCAUUCCCAGAAGAGCGUGUUCCCGUGGCUAACUAUCACAUCGAUCAGCGCCAAGAUUGCAUGGAUCAUGUAGUCAUUCCGCCAAAGGUGUAUGAGCCCAGUUUGGGCAAAGGAUUUUUCACUUCGACUACACAUCCGAUCGCUCCGUGCAAUGUUUCCAGUUAAACAAUGAGAGCUGCCAUCUUAUCAUUUCAGUCGUUCGACACUGUAUCCGUUUUCUUGCCUACCACUAGUUCAUUUGGAUACAUAUCCAACGCAAUACAUCGCUACGCAAUAUGAUCUCAUGUUUUAUCGAUGAUUUUUCUCCUCCCCUUCUACUCGCACGACAGCCGUCCUUGGUAGCCAAUUACUCGCGUUAGUUCUUUGCCAUCUAGUUGAUCCUGUGAAGCACUAUCGAGCACUUGGGCCUUUUGCGCACCUGCAACUUAUGGUGCACAGUGCAAAAUGUUCUUCUGCCACGACAAUUUCCCGUUUGUUUGAGUGCCUGCAAUUCAUUUCGUUUUAACCCACUGCCAUCUGUAUAGCGCCACUGUACUAGCAAGUGUUACUAUGAUGAUUAAAUGUGAAGCUGGACAUGUAUGUCAUAUAAUUGAGUUUUGUCAC